GCCCUUCCACCAGCGGGGAGCGGGCGCUGCGCUGGGGUGUCGCUUGGCUGCCUGUGCAGUCUGGGUGAAACAAACAAGAUGUGGCCGCUUUUGGAGCAGAAAGUGAACGUAGUCCGCUGUGACCUGCUCUUCACUGAGGACAUCAAUCGAAGGAUGCGGGUCCCCAGCAGACUCACUGUGGCAAACAGCUUCAGCCCUGUGGAUGAGGAGCCCACGUCUGAAGGUGUACCCCCUUCCCUUCCAACACGCAUCCCUGUUAGGAUUUCUCUUGCAGAUGCAGAUCUGAGACCCAUCCUGCUGGACCAGCAGAGGAAUAUCCCCUCCACUGAGGUGUGCGUAUCCAUAGACUCCUCGGCUCAGCACUCCACGCUGGGGGAGACCCCUUUUAUGCACAUGGCUGGCAGAUCAAGUGCCCAGAAUCGCAGACGACUGGGCCACCACAGCAGCAGGUCACGGCGGCAGAGCCAGCACAGCAGCGGGUCACGGCAGUCCCCAAGUGACAGUGCCCAGCUGGUCUUGCACAGCCCAGCCCGGCACCAUGAGCGGCUGGACACCUGCCCCCCUCCUGCUCACAGUGCCCCACUUCCCCUCUUUGCUGGGACAGGCAGGAUCUACUCCAUGCAGAACAUCUUCCAGACCAUGUACCUGCUGGGCCAGGUGCUCUUCCACCGUGUCCAGAACUCUCUGCAAGACCCGGUGCCAUCCAGCUCCCAGGAGGUUGGCGCAGCCCCGGAGGAGGUCAUUGUGGCUGAGGCAGCAGCGAUGAAAAAGGAGCUGGCGAGGAUCUCGGAGCGGCUGCGUGUGCUGGAGGAGCAGCACAAGGCCUGGCGGAAAGAGGAGCCCUUGGUGUACUCCAUGCUGCUCUCUGCCUGCCUCGUCAACACCUGGCUCUGGCUGUGGAGAUGAUUCUGUGCCUUGAGCUCCCCGACCAACCCUGGGCGAGAGCAGGAUCCUUGCUCAUGUAUUGUGGAUGGUAAAACCGUGCGUUUCUUCUGAACUUGACCCGCUUCUUGGUAUCCUUUAGGAUCUGAGGUGAAACCAUAAAGCUGGACCUGGUGCCACAGCAGCUGGAGAUGGAUGACAGGGAGCGGUGGGGUGUGACAGGGAGCAUGGCCCAGUGUGCACAGUCCCAGGGCUGGGCUGUGUUUGGUGUAUGGUAGCAACUAUGUGAUGUGUUUGAUGGGGUCAGCGGCCAUGUGGGAAGCUGCUGUGAAAAGCCCAAGCCUCAUAAGAAGUUUGUGAAUGACACAGGAGGUAUUUGUCCUGCAGAGAUCAAUGGGAGAGCCUCUGCCCCUUGGGCUGUGUAUUGGAGGAGGCAUAAAGCCAAGCGUUAGGUCUCUGUGGACAUCAGGUCCUGUUACAGUCUUAGGCCAUGGUUGAGCUGGUGCCCUGACCGUGUCACAGCUUUGACAACUUAGUUCUGCCUCCGUAAAACUCCUCAGCCAAUUCAUAGAACCAUAGAAGGGCUUGGGUUGGAGGGGAACUUGCAGCCCACCGAGUCCCAAGCCCUGCCAUGGGCUGGCUGCCCCCACCAGCUCAGGUUGCCCAGGGCUGCAUCCCACCUGGCCUUGAGCACCUCCAGGGAUGGGGCACCCACAGCUCUCUGGGCAGCUGUGUCAGUGCCAGUUGCUGUGGUCUCUUCUUCAACUUCCACCCCAAAAGCUUGUGCAGAGUGUUUGGGUGUUUUUGAACUGCCGCUGGGUUUUCUUUCCUUCCUUGAGCAACUGAGUAAGCAGCCCUGAGCCAGGGUAGCCCCUGCUCCAGGAGAGGUGGACCUGAAGGAGCCGGGGCUGUCAUCCACAGGAGAGUUGGACCAGAUGACCUUUAAAGGUCCCUUCCAACUCAAUUCUAUUACUCUAUGAUCUCUGUGGCCACCGCUGUGGCACCACCUCCUCGGCUCCUGUUAUGCUGUGGCUCUCAGCAGUGGGUUUGUAAGCGCUCAGAUCCCACGUGGCUGUAAGAGCACUGCUGGGCUUUGUGCUUAUCCAGGAACUUGGCUUUUUCCCAGAGAGAUGUGCAUGGGAAACCUCCCCGGGCUGGUUGUAAGACCUCGUAAUAACAGUGCAGGCACCAGACAGGCCAUGGACAGUUGCCCGUUUGGGCAGCAGUGGGUAUUUGUGAGGUUGCCAGUGCCAGAGGGCAGGAUCACUCCCAGUCUACUGCCAAGUUGUAACUUCAGCGUGGUACAGCGGCACAGGUGAGGGGAAUCCUUGGCUCAGGUGCCAGAAACCAAGCCCAGUUCAACAGCUCUGCUGUUUCUUUCCUUCCUUGAUGUUUAGGAACACUUGGAUUCACAGUGAAGUGAGAUUCUCAUAGUGGUUCAUCCAACGCAUCUGCUGAAGUGGUGCCUGCAGGCUCAGGGCAGGUGUUGGCAAUAGGACCUCUCUGUUCCAACUAUAAAUGAUUGUAGCUGGAUCUGCAAAUCACCCAGAUGUCCUGAUGGCUUAUUUACAGACAAGGAUGCUUAGCUGUUCCCUGCCUGCCACUGCAUCAAGCCUCCAUGGCUAUAAAUCCGGCAGCCGGACAUUUACUAAUAAAUAACUGUCCCACAAGUAAUUGCAGGUCUGAACCUGUGGCUGAUGGCUGGGUUGAGAACAGCACUGGGAUUUACUGCAGGUGAAAACAGGUUGGGGGGCUGUGCUGCAGCGGGGUGUGUGUAAGGGAUGGCAGCAGGGCUCCUGGCGUGGCUCAGGGAUGUGGACAGGCUGGAAAUACGUGGAGGUGUGGUGAUCAGAUGGGAUGUGAUCCUGAAAGCUAAUUAUUGGCAGGUUGUAUUGGGUAGAAGGUGACUUUUUGUUCUGGUUUCAGCUGGGACAUAGUUGAAUUUUUCCUUCAUAGUGUAGGAAUAGCAUAGUAGGGUGCUGAGUUUUGGCUUUGGGAGAAAAAUGAUGCUGAUAGCACAGCGAUGUUUGGCUGCUGCUGAGCACUGCUGCAACCACCUUUCAGUCUUCAGCUUCUGGCACUGUGCUGCCAGUGAGGGGCUGGGGGGGCACAGGGAGCUGGGAGGGGAUGGAGCCAGGACAGCUGACCUCAGCUGACCGCAGGGGUGUCCCAUACCACAUGGCUUCAUGCAGGAAGCCUGGACAGCAGUGGGGAACUGCUGGAGCAGCUGCUGCUCAGGACCGGUGGGCAUUGGUCAGCGGGUGGUCAGCAAUUGCACUGUGCAUCACUUACUUUGUAAAUAUAUAUUAUUGUCGCUACUAUUUUCCUAUUCUCUUCCUUUUCUGUCUUAGUAAAUAGCUUUUACCUCCA